AUGUCUUUACAAGAACCAGAACUUGUUGAUGUAGUUAUCGUUGGUAGUGGUCCUACUGGUUUAAUGUUAGCUUGUCAACUUUCUCUUCACGGUGUUAAAUUUCGUAUCUUUGAUAAAUGUAUUAAUCAUACAACACAAUCACGUGCGUUGGCAGUUCAUGCUCGUUCUAUAGAAAUUUUUCAACAAAUGGGUAUUGCAGAUGAAGCAAUUAAUCGUGGCGAAGUUGUUCAAGGAUUUGGUAGUUAUUUUAAUGGUGUUAAACGAAUGAGAAUGGAUAUGAAUUUGAUUAAAACACAAAAUUUAACACAUUUUCCAUUUAUAUUAAUUCUCGAACAAUCAAAAACUGAAGCAUUAUUAGAAGAAUUUCUCUUGAAAAAUGCUCGAAUGGAAGUUGAUCGUCAAUGUGAAUUAAUUAGUUUCAUUGAACUGAAUGAUAAAGACAAUAUAAUUGAAUGUGUAAUCAAAGAUUAUCGUUCCAAUACUGAAGGAAAAUUAAUAAAGAUUCACACUAAAUUUCUAUGUGGUUGCGAUGGUGCUCAUUCGAAAGUUAGACAAAAUCUUCAAUUAUCAUUUUCAGGAAAUACUUAUGAAGAAACUUUUUAUGUUCUUGAUUGUCAUUUAAAAUUUAUGAAUACAACAGAAACAGAAUCUCUAUUAGAUGAUGCACAAUUUAAUUUAACAAAAUCAGGAUUAUGUUUACUCUUUCCAUUAAAAGGACAUAAUAUGGACAAUCGAUGGCGUGUUAUUGGUACUGUUCCACAUGAACUUUUAAAUUCAUCAAAACAAUUACAAUUUGAAGAUAUUGCACCGGGUUUUAGUCGACGUAUUCAACGAAAUAUUGAAUUGUAUGAUCCAUUAUGGUUAUCAAUAUAUCGAACACAUCAUCGUUAUGCUGACCAAUUUUAUAUUGAAAAAAAAUAUUUUCUCUUAGGUGAUGCAGCUCAUAUACAUAGUCCAGUUGGUGGUCAAGGAAUGAAUACUGGUCUUCAAGAUGCAUUUAAUUUAGCUUGGAAACUUGCCUAUACGAUACAAGGAAAAACAGUCGAUAAAGAUAAAUUAUUACAAACAUAUAAUGAUGAACGAAUUGAAGUUGCAAAAAAUCUUGUUCAAUCAACUGAUCGUGUUUUUUCUCUUAUGACAAGUCGAAAUUGGUUUUUUUCAUUUUUUCGUUUGAGGAUCUUACCGUAUAUUUUACAAUACAUUGUUUUUCCAAUAAUUAGUUGUAUUUCACCAAUUCGAGAGGCCGUCUUCAAACGUAUAUCAAUGAUAGGAAUUCACUAUCGUCAAAGUCAAUUAUCGAUGAACUCAAAUAGAAAUAAUGUACAAGCGGGUGAUCGUUUACCGUACGUUUAUACUCAUCCUGAGAUUUUAUUAUCAUCGACAGAUAACAAUGUCGAAGAUGAUAGUCGACGAUACUUUCAUCUCUUGGUACUACUUACUUCGAAAUCGAAUUCAAAAAAAUCUUUUCAUUUUGUUAAAUUUAUCGAAGAAAAUUAUUCACAUUUAAUUAAAUUACAUGAAUUUCAAUAUUCUGAAGCGACAAAAGAAAUUUUUCGUGUUUAUAGUGUUAAUCGAAAUUCUAAUGGAGGUAUAUUUCUCGUUCGUCCAGAUUUACAUAUUGCUUACUAUUCAAAAACAUUCGAUGUUCAACAUUUUAAUACUUACUUCUCGGAAUAUUUUCUACAGAAGAGUGAUUAA